AUGCCUGCAACAUCAGUUGAUGUGAAAGAAUCGCAGACAAAAUUAGCAGACGUUCAACAAGGUUCGUCAUCAGAGCAAAAACGUCUAUCAGUUAUUAAGGAUGAAAUGGAAGCAGAUGUAUUACCAGAAAUAAAACCUCAACCAUCAAACGGUGUACCGGUAUUACGUGAGCUGACUCCAGCUGAAGCAAAAAAAGUGAUACGAGCAGACGUUUCAGUGAUCUCUGUAUUCGUCAACGAAUGCUUACCUGGAUUCAAAAUUUUAGCAGAAAAUGAAAAGAUUGCAUUAUUCAAAACAUUCCUAAAAAAUUUCUUAAUUAUUGAUGCGUCUUUUUGGACAGCAAAGUAUUUCCCUUCGGUCGAUGACGACAGGUGGGUGGUUCCAUUCUCAGGCUACAUGAAGCUUGACGACAUCUCCGAACUAUUUGUGAGCCCAAACGAACAGGAUUCUGUCGAGAAUUCAAAAUGCUUUUGUCAGAUACACUGGAUACGUAACAAUUUAAGCAGACAAAGAGGAUUACUUUUGAAGCUAAAUGGACUUCGAAAGGCAACUAUAUUUGACGAUCCUGUCGAUGAAGCUCUUUGCCAGUCACUUCUCUGA